AUGGAAGGCGAGAGACAGCAGAGUGCAGGUGGCGCAAACGCCGCGCCACAACACAGGAAGGGACACAGGAGACAAGAAUCAAUGUACGCAAUGACAGGCUUAUACGCGGAGUCUGGUUGCGCAGAGGGUGCUACCGACGCAGCCGGUCCCAGCGCCCCACCAUCACACCCCCCACGAGAAUCUAUCAAAUGUCACAGCAGAAAUCCAUCAGCUGGAUUAUGCGACAGAGAUCGGGAACGCGAGAAAGAGAAAGAGAAGCCUCAUCAGUUAUUCCCAGAAAUAUUAGACAUUCCUCAUGACACACGAGACUGCGGUAUCCUAUCGUGGAGGCCGUUAUUUAUACAGAGAUUAUCUAGUAUUAAAGUUUUCGUAUUUUUCCUAUCGUUCCUGGUGACGCUUCAACAGGCGUUAAGCUCUGGGUACAUCAAUUCUGUGAUUACAACAAUAGAGAAACGUUUCGAGAUACCUUCCAGCCUCUCUGGGCUCAUUGCGAGCAGCUACGAGAUUGGCAACGUCAUCACUGUAAUUUUCGUGUCAUAUUUGGGCAGUAGACGACAUAUUCCAGUGUGGAUUGCAGUCGGUGCCGUUAUAAUGGGUAUUGGAUCGCUGGUGUUUGUCGUUCCGCACUUUAUAGCGGAAGUGAACAGCGAAAUGCUGUCGAACAACAAAUCAGAGGAAAACAUCUGUCGGCCUGCCUUCCUGGAACAGGAUAUGGGGGGACUGGGAAGGUUGUCGCAAGGGCUGAGACCCAGCAAUUUGAGACCCGACAAUUGUAUUAAGAGUUCACCGAGCACAUUUGGGCCGGUGAUGGUGUUCAUCGUCGCACAAGUGUUAUUGGGAUGUGGGGGUUCACCCCUUCUCACGCUCGGCACCACGUAUGUGGACGACCACGUAAGACCAGAGUCCUCCAGUAUGUAUAUAGGUUGUAUGUACAGUAUGGGCGCCUUUGGACCAGUCUUAGGCUUUUUACUUGGUGCUUAUCUUCUUUCUUUUCACAUGGACUCCCUCUCUGGUGGACCUACAAUAGAUCCCACUGACCAUAGAUGGGUAGGAAUGUGGUGGGGUGGAUUUCUACUCGGGGGUCUUUUACUUAUCCUUAUAGCUAUACCAUUCUUCUCCUUCCCCAAAGUGUUGGUACAUGAAAAAGAGAAAAUAAGACUGGUAGAAAAAGCAGCUGCCGCCAGUGGGUCCGGUACCUCUAAACCGCCACCUAAACCUCAGAGUGGUAUCAAGGAUUCUGGAUAUGGGAAAGAUAUAAAAGAUAUUCCUGUGUCGAUGUGGCGUCUACUCAAGAAUCCCGUCUACGUGGUGACGUGUUUGGGCGCCUGCAUGGAGCUGAUGAUUGUAUCUGGAUUUGUCGUAUUUCUGCCCAAGUAUUUGGAAACUCAGUUCAGUCUGGGAAAGAGCCAAGCCAGCAUGUUCACAGGAUCUGUGGCCAUCCCAGGAGCCUGUAUCGGCAUCUUUAUGGGAGGUUGCCUUCUCAAACGUCUGGAGCUUCGACCGAAGGGUGCGGUUCAAUUCGUCCUGAUAUCAAACACUAUAUGUCUCUCGUGCUAUGCUUUAUUAUUCUUUCUGGGAUGCGAUAACAUCAAGAUGGCUGGAACAACUAUACCUUAUACGAACCAUAGCAAUCUAGAGCCGUUUAAAGUGAAUCUGACGGCUGCGUGCAACUUCAACUGUUUGUGUACGGAAACUGACAUGGAGCCAGUGUGUGGGAACAACGGGCUCACAUACUUCUCCCCUUGUCACGCCGGAUGUGCCGCUUUCUCUUCGUCGAGAUCUAACUUUACUAACUGCGCUUGUGUACAUGAGAACAGUCGGGAUGCAAUGGGCGUGGCCUCUGUAGUGGGCGGGGCAUCCGCCGCGGCCUUAACUGCGGGUGCGCACGAGUACAGCGAGGUCACGGUGGUGCCUGUUGCCACCGCUGGCGCUUGCAAUCCGCCUUGCACCACCAUAUUUCCCUUCUUGGUGCUGCUCUUCUUUAUGACUUUUGUGGUCGCUGUCACGCAGAUGCCGCUGCUUAUGAUCGUGCUUAGAUCAGUAAGCGAAGAAGAGCGUUCGUUCGCGCUGGGAAUGCAGUUUGUGAUAUUCCGUGUGUUCGGUUACAUCCCGGCACCUAUAGUGUUCGGUAACCUUAUUGACUCAACAUGUCUUCUCUGGAAGCAAACCUGCAGUGGGGUCAACGGAGGCCGUUGUCUUCUCUAUGACAUCGAACAGUUUCGAUACAGAUACGUAGGACUCUGCGGAGGCAUCAAGAUAGUGGCGUUGGGGAUAUUUAUGAUAGACUGGUGGCUGGUCAGACGCCGCCGUCAUCUUGAGAAUGUCCCACCACUUGACCAUAAGGACAUUGCUGGCUCCAUCAUCAGCCUCGACAAAUUGUUCGAAGAACUGCCAUCAGCGGAUAACGCAAGUGGCUUCAGAUCUGGGUUGACCACCGGCCCUAGUUCCGCGAUCACAUCUCCAAUGGACCCAGACGUUCAACCAGAACAUCACGGCACCAAACUACAGCGAACAGAUUCCCAGUACUCGCAGGAUUCCCAACCUCGUACUAUCGGAAAGAACUCACGAGUUUUGGUAGCUUCGCGUCAUCUGCGCAACGACUCCAAAACAAUACAGCUAGAGCCUCGCGGGAGGCAGCACUCCUUGGAGGAACCUGAACGAUCUCGACCCGUCAGAAGUGACUCGAGACAUUCUCGAGAUGCUUUCCCGCGCUCGACCUCACGUGAUUUCAGCGGACACUCGAGAAACAGCUCCCGUGACUUCAAAGUCCACUCCCGAGGGGACUCCCGAGAUCUAAGCCUCGAACAGCUCAAGCAGCUAGCUCUUAAGAGCAUGGAGAGUCUCGACCUGACUGUCCUGCCGCUGAACAAAUGUACAGAUGAAGAGAGCAAACGCCUCAUUGAAGGUGCGGGUGUUCUGCGCCAUAGAAGGACCAACUCGAAAGAUUUGAAACCACCGGAGACGAAACACAAGCGGACUUCGUCCCAUCACAUCACAAUGGAGCCCAACGACCUCAGUCUUCAGAUACAAAAAGGCCGUAGUGCCGACCAGCUCUCGGUGCCAUCCGAUCCGCAAGUUUGA